CAGGGUUGACAGUCUCCACAAAGUCGUGGAAGGAGUGCGGCGGCUAAGCUAACUGCAACCACCGCAACUAGCUACAUGUGGAGGGUAAAACGGGAUUCAUCCCCGACCCUUACUCUGUCCAAAUUUCUCCUUUUUACCCAAAACAACUCUAAAGUUCAGCAUCAUCGAACAUAAGGAAUAUUAUCUGUUUACAAUGAAAGGCCGGAUUGAGCUGGGGGAUGUUACGCCCCACAACAUUAAGCAGCUGAAACGCCUGAACCAGGUCAUCUUCCCUGUCAGCUACAACGACAAGUUUUACAAAGAUGUACUGGAAGUUGGAGAGCUUGCAAAGCUAGCAUACUUCAAUGACAUUGCAGUGGGUGCUGUGUGCUGCAGAGUGGACCACUCUCAGAACCAGAAGAGACUGUACAUCAUGACGCUCGGCUGUCUAGCACCCUACCGUAGACUUGGAAUUGGUACAAAGAUGCUGAAUCAUGUGCUAAACAUCUGUGAGAAGGAUGGCACUUUUGACAACAUUUACCUUCAUGUGCAGAUCAGCAAUGAGUCAGCCAUUCACUUUUACCAGAAGUUUGGCUUUGAGAUCAUCGAAACAAAAAAGAAUUACUACAAGAGGAUAGAGCCCGCAGAUGCCCAUGUGUUGCAGAAGAGUCUGCGCAGCCCAUGUGCACCGCCCACCGGAGAGCUUCAGAAGGCAGAGUAGGGGCACAGCGUUUGGAAAGAGCACAAAUGUGCCCGCCUCCACAGAAACAGAACUGUGACAAAUGCCCCAGGGUCGACACAUUCAACACUUUCUUCAAAGGACGCUAAAAAGAGAAAACAAAUUUAAAGUACAAAAAAUGCUGCAUUUAUUUUGCAAAGGGGUCCCCUUUGAUUUUUGAAUAUUUUAUUGCUCCCCUUUCUUCAUACAGAAAAUUGAAAACGACAAAAAGCUCAGUAUCCAAAAGUGUGCUCCGAUUGACAAAGUUGCCAACUUCAGACAGUUUUAGACUUGGUGAAGGGGAAGGGUGUGUUGUUUGCAAAUCAUACUGUUUGUGUUUGAGUUGUUUUUAUGCGGUUACAAAGCUAUUGGGGACAUAUCUACACUGUUGAGCAAGAGACAACAGGUGGUUUGAAGCUGUAAAAUUGUUGAAAGACCAUCACUGACACACAAGACCCAGCUGGUCAGCUUGGAGUGAUGCUUUGAGAUGUUGCGUGGAACAGGCACAACUCUAUUCCCUCACCACCCGAACCCUGGGAUUUAUGGGAAAUGAGUCUGACCAGCUUGUUGAUUAUGUCAUGUCCAGAGGGGAAAAGCAGAAAUGUAUCCCCUCAGUUCGGGCAUAGAGAAGGCUAAACGGUUUUGAGGUGGUGGAAAGACGUCACCACUCAUAAUUUCUGAGUAACUUUAUUUUCCAGCCUGUUAAUUUAAUUCCCCUUCAACUGUUAUUUUUUACAUUGAAAUGGCAAAUGGUUCAGAGGUUCUCCUGGGUUUAAUACUACGAGUGAAAACAUUACAAAAUAAAAACAUUACAAAAUAUUGUAUUGAAUGUGUUUCUGGGAACUUCACAUCUUCUUAUGAAGGACAUUCAACUAACUGAUUGGCAAUUGGAUUAGGGCAAUAUUUACAGUAGUAUAAUGAAGGUGUGUGAGGAUGUGCAUCUCUAAACACAUGGAAGUGUUAUGAGACAUCCUACCUUAAACACCUUUGGCAACUUAUGUAACCACCUUUCAGAAUUGGUCUUCUCAAACUACCUGCUUCUGUUUCACCAGUAGGUUUUGAAGCUUGGCGGAUAGUUUGGAAGUUUUAAGGUCUCUUGAACAGUGUUUUACCCAGAGGAAGCUCUGUACCCUCUGCAUGCAAGGAGAGUUGUGUCCUCUCCACUGUAGUAUAAGCAUGUUUUCCUUUCUUUGAAGAAUUUUAUCUUUUCUGGAGCUCUAUAUUGUAAGACUUUUUAAACGUCUAAAUAAAGGAAUUACUAUUUGCAGUAAA